CCAGCGAAUGUCAACGAGUGUAUCAAAGAUCCAAUGAUAACGUUUUUUACGGCUGAGAAGUUAAAUUGGGCUUAAGUCGCCUCAUCAUUAUCAACAACAAUUUAAAGUCCCUGAUGUUAUUAACUUCAUAAUCAGUGAGAAUCUCUUCGCCAUUUGAGUGACGCUAAUUACGUAGGGUCUAGAAAGUCACGAAAUACAGAAAGUACAAUGUUAACUGAGAAUCGUACUAAACCAAAUCUUCGUACAAUACAUUGAUGUUUGUUGAUUCUUAAUUUCAAAAUGUUCAAGCAUGUUUUUCUCAUUAACUAAGCAUCAUCUUCAAAAUAACCUGAGGCAUACAGAAAAAAAGAUUGCUUUUGUUGUUGACAAGAGCACUUUGGCAAAGCAACAGGCAGAUGCAAUAAAACAUUAUGUCGCAUGCAGAUUAAAGGUUAUAUCAGGGGACACAAUGCGUGAAGAAAAAUGUAUACAACUAUCUCGUCUUCUUCUAAAAUACGAUAUUUUUGUGAUAACAGCUCAGAUGCUCGUCAAUGCUAUGGAUAAAGAAGAUCUUAGCAUUGAUUUAUUUACUCUUAUUAUUUUUGACGAAUGUCACCAUUGUUACGGUGGUCACGCAUUUUACAAAGUCAUGAUUCCUUACCAUGAUAAAAUGCUAAGUGACAUGCAAGUCUCGGAUCAACAAGAACUCCUCCCGCAGGUUGUUGGCUUUACGGCUUCCAUUGGUGUUGGAAAUGCUAGAGCACUCGAAAAUGUUGUUGAUCAUGUUAAAGCUAUGAUGGCUAAUCUUGAUGCCGACGUUCUUGUAACCGUCCAAGAAAAUAUAGAAGAAUUGAACGAAAAAAUAAAAACACCAGAUCAGUCUAUUGUUGUCGUUCCAACUAGAAUAACAGACGUAUUUAGAACAAGAAUUGAGUCCUUGAUGAUUCAAACAGAAGAAUAUUUGAGAAAAAUUCUAGAGAAAUUUGGCGAACACACUCCAGUGCAUCCUCCAAUUAAAAAAGGAAACGAACAAUACACCCAAUGGCUGGAAGAUGAUUUAUUAACUGUUUUGGGAAACACUAAAGAUGAUACUUUAAGUCGCUUGCUCCACACAAUCAGAAGUUACUUACAGAUUUACAACGACGGUUUAAUUAUACACUCGUAUGUCAGAGCAAGUGAUUCUCUUAAUUACAUCAUUAGAAAAAUUGAAGAUCUACCAAACCCAUCCACUACAUCAGAGCAGGACAUCAAACACUUAUUUGAAAGUAAGUUGCAAAACAUUUACUCUUCUUUUUUUAAAUAAUUGGGUUAAAAUUAAAUAAAGUUAUACCAAGUUUAUGUCAAAGACACAUAGCUGCCUUGCCGCC